AUGACUAAGGCCUGCAGCACUAUCCUUACAAGCAAAAUUCCGGAAAAGAUGAAGGAUCCUAGGAGCUUUACCAUACCCGUUUCGAUUGGAGAACAGAAGAUAGGCCAAACACUUUGCGAUCUGAGGGCAAGUAUCAAUCUCAUGCCCUUGUCCAUAUACAAAAAGCUGGGAAUGGGAGAAGCACCACCGACAASAGUCACAUUACAGUUAGCAGACCGAUCAAUCACAUAUCUUGAAGGAAAAAUCGAGAAUGUUUUARUGCAAGUAGAUAAAUUUAUUUUCCCUGCUGACUUUAUUAUUUUGGAUUACGAUGCAGAUAAGGAGGUCCCUAUCAUCUUUGGGAAACCAUUCUUUGCCACUGAAAAAGCGCUUGUGGAUGUCAAAAAAGGCGAGUUGAAAAUGCACGUGCAAGAUCAGAAAGUGAAGUUCUCAGUCUAUGAUUCCAGGAAGUUUCCUAUUGGAACAGAAGAAUGCUCACUGUUGAAGAUUUUAGGUGAAGCUUUAAUGGAGAAAUUAAGUGCAAAUGCAAUUCUAGAGCAUAGUGUAAGUAGGGAUGCUGAAGCACAAGAAUAUUUUGGUGAAUGGAAUAAAGAGAUGACGUUCAUCUUGAUGCCAGAGCCUGCUAGUGCAGAGUUUUUCCUCUUGAUGCUGGAGCAUUUUAAUGAGAGUUAG